AUGCCCCGACCAGUGGACUCCUCAGACCCGCCCUCAGCUAGCGGCAGCUUGUUCUGUGAGCGCAUUCAGCAGUUCCACCAGCGCGUGCGCAGUCGCUGCCUCGAGGCGCAGAGGACAUCAGACACAGGCUCAAACGACGUCUCAGGUCUUCCGUGUCUACUACAGUCGUGGCGUAAGCGCAUCGAGGCCAUGGACGACACGCCGCAGCACAGACACAAGGGCCUUUGUCACAGGAGACCGCGCAACUCGUCGACAGAGAGCGACGAAGCGGCGUCUCCGCGCUUUGGAUGCCCGUUCCGUGGACCUCGGAUACCUCAUCCGAGACUCGAACGACAAGAGGCCGUAUGCUCGCUCUCCGGUAUCUGGAGCGGCUUGACGUCGUCUAGUCCGCCGCCAUCGCCUGAGAUUUACGCCAAGCCGAGGCGUCGCCCACACCCAUACUCGAGAUGUUACGCAAAGGAAGAGGACGACCAGAGGAAGUCGUCGACUGAAUAG